AUGGAUUGUGAAGAGGUUAAUGGAAAAGUGAAAAUCUGGCCCUUGUGGCGAAGUUGGGAUGGGCUGAGGAAGAUUUGGAGUUUUAUUGGUGAAGCAGAUAGAUGGAUUGUGAGAGAUGGGCAGUCUAUAAAAUUCUGGUAUGAUCGUUGGUUGAGGGGUUCAAGGGUGGUAGAUCUAAUUGUUAAUGAUAUUCAAGUCCCUAGAAGACUUUCAGCCAUGGUUUCAGAUUUUUUCGAGGAUGGGCUGUGGUGUUUACCCUUAUUUGCUUCUCCACAAAUGGCAGUGAUUAGGGAUAAUGUCUAUGUUCAACAGCUUCCUUCAAUUGUUUUUCUAGAUAAGCGAGUGUGGUCCCUCAUGGAGUCGAGACGAUGCACAGUAUGGUCUGGUUGGGAAGGUCUUAAGGUGAAGAAUGAUAUCCAACCUUGGUAUCGUUUAGUAUGGAUGAAAGGCCUUCUCCCCAGGUUCUCCAUAUUUGGUUGGAGGUUUGCUCAUGACAGCUUGCCUACUAAUGAUAAGGUAGCAAGACAACAGUUCUUUGAUUCUCAGUGGUAUGGUUUCCCCUCUAUAGAAGAACUAUUUUCUUGGUGGGAAAGGAAGGCAAGGGUGAUCUCUCUUCGCAAGAUUUGGCUUGCCCUUGUGAUUCUUAUUCCCUUUCACAUUUGGUCGGAAAGAAAUAGUAGAAGGUUUGAAAAUUUACACAGGCAUCAUUCGUUGGUGGUCAAGGCAGUGCUGAGAGAUUUGGUGGACUUCUCUACUCUGGUUGAUGUCAAUGUGAAGACGGUGACAGAGUUGUUGAUCUCAAGACGGCUUCAAGUGAAAAUAGCCCCUAUUGUUCCAAGAAGGAUUAUUGAAGUAAUUUGGCAAUGCCCCCUUUUGGAUUGCUUCAAGCUCAAUAUCGAUGGAUGUUCUUUAGGUAACCCGGGUUGUGCAGGAGCUGGAGGAAUUAUUCGUGAUUGA